AAAUCUGAGUCUGAUAUUAUUGAUGUUGUUUCGUUUCUCGUGCAUAUCCAGCGUGAAAUCGCAGGAUCACGUGAUGACAGAGUUGAGGAGCAGAAAACGCACAUUUGACGGCCUGUCGCAUUCUUAUAAACAAUAGUCUCUCCGAUGGCCUGUCGAAGGGGACGCUAGAAGAGCACAAUGACAAUGUGUGCAGUCGACUGAGCCUUCUUUGGGAGAGUCCCUUCUUUUUUCUUUCCUUUCGUUUUUGCUAUCCGUUGUCGACUUCCUCGCCAUCCAAAGAGAGCCACAGAUUCUCAAGUGCCAGAAUUAGAAUCAAAAGGGCCCAAGAACGGCUGAGACAACGCAAUGCCACGCAAAAAGCUUGUUAGGGAUAUAUCCCAAUUAUCUGGGAAACCCCUCUCUGAAACUCUCGAACCGUCACACCUGAACAUCGGCAGUGUUUCACAUGAGAAAUGGUUUACUUCUCCAGAUCUACGCGAAGGAAGUCUUCCGUUUUCGACAAAGGUCGUCUACAGCAUGAUGCUUUUUCUCCUGGCAAAUCCGAACAUGAAUUCGAGCCAUCUCUAUCGCGCAGACAUUCUGUAUGACAGUUGGGGGGUUAUGUGGACGCCCUGGGAGAAAGAGAAGUGGUUCGAUUCUACUCUGACGGAAGAUUCAGGAAAUGAACCUGCACCAGCUGCUGCAAGUUCUGAGUCUGAGUCUCAAUCUCAAUAUCAAGCCAAACUGGGGAGGGAAGUCAACCCCUUGCCAGCGAAGGACGUGCCCGGAUUCCGUCUAACCAGAACAGUCGUAAGGAGACUUAUCCCAAGGAAUCCGAAACUUGAUCAGCCUAUGGAUCAAACGGCGUAUUUUUAUGAGAAGGAGGACGGACAGAUAUCCUCUUUAGAACAAGAUGGUGAUACCAGCGGGCUUGAAGAGAUAUCCGAAAGUCUUCUGGUCGUAUAUACACCGCAUGUUCAAUCCAAAGAAGAUAUGCCCUGGUAUCACCCCUUGCUUCAGUCGCUGGCAUUCCUGUACGAUUUCAAGCUCGACGUCAAGAAUGGCACGGCGACCGUCGCAGCACAGGAUAGUACCCCAUCGGGGACAGGGACGAUGUCGCUCCAUUUCUUGCCGUAUGAGAUGGAACCGAUCUCAAAGCGCCUAGAGCGUACAUUACUAGUUUUGCUCAACAGCCAGAUUCGGCUGGCUCGGGGUACGCGCGACACUAAUAUGCCUGACGGUUCAAAUUAUAACCCGUCGAAGGAUAACGUGCUCCCGCAGCAUCUGGUCCAGAAUACCUAUUCACGCCUGAAACUCAAAUAUGCGGCUGAUCUCUGCCAGAGAUGGGUCGAGGAUACUCCAGCUUCAAAGCACGUCUUUGAAGAUUUAUCCAUCACUGCAUUCCUUAUCGAACUGUGGAGAAUGAUGUAUGGCGUCGUUCCUUCUUCGGAGAGGGACGAGAAAAACGGGACUACCAGUAGUAAUGACGAUGACAGAACCUUCCCCGGGUUUGUCGAUGUUGCCUGUGGUAACGGAGUGCUCGUAUACGUACUUCUCAUGGAGGGGUACCAUGGCUGGGGUUUUGACGCCCGCCGUCGCAAGACGUGGAGCAUCUUUCCUGAAUCCGUACAGAAAUGCCUCAAGGAAUCCAUAUACGUUCCAACCCCAUUUGCAGACACCAUGAUGGACAGCGAGGAAGGAGUUGAUGCCAUGCCGGAUCUAGGCGUGGAGAUCCACACCGGCGCAUUCCAGAAGGGCACCUUCAUUAUAUCCAACCACGCAGAUGAAUUAACCGUCUGGACUCCGCUGAUGGCUGCCCUGGCCAGUCCGGAAUCACCGUUACCCUUUCUUGCCAUCCCAUGCUGCUCACAUUCCCUGUCUGGAGCAAGAUACCGCUAUCCCCCGCCCAAACCGAAGACACCAGAUACCGGGUCUGACUCUACGGAUGACCAAUCCGAGGAAUCCCAGCCAGCAAAGGGAGACCUCAAGGCCCUUCGAGCCGAAAAGUUGGCCCAGAACUCACCUGACUCGGGAAUGGAUCAUAAUGUCUCCAUGUACGGCUGCCUCACCUCAAAGACAAUGGCUAUCGCAGAAGAAGUGGGAUACGAAGCGGAAAAGACAUUGCUACGGAUCCCAAGUACGAGGAACAUGGGCAUUGUGGGUGGUCGGAGAAAAGUAGCGCGCGAGUGCAGGAGGUCGAGAAAAUUGGAGACGCCGACUCAAGUGCUGACAGAGAAGACAGAAAUAUCAUUAUCGGCUGGAGGUGACGAUGAUGCAGGCAUCGGCAUAAUUGACAAAGUGGAAAACAUUGUCUCCCGCGAGUGUGCCCGGGAAGGAGGCAUCAACCAAGCAGCGAGAAUCUGGAUCGAGCGCGCAAGGAGUAUUCACAGGGGCCCAGGAAAGGGAGCACAACGCGAAACAGGGUCUGAGGGACAUGGUCAUUCAAAACAGAUUGAGCGUUGAGCUGCAGUAGAGUGGCAGGCAUGCAGUAGAGGGGGUUUAGAUCAAUAGUAGAUAGA